CGUGGCUGGCGCGACCCCGCCAUGGCCGGACGGCGACCGUCUGUGACUUGGGUUUCGGACAGACUUUUUAGGAGGAAAGGCUGACGACACCUUUUGGGGCCUCCGGACCAUGUGAUGGGACCCCCCACACCCCUACCUUCACCUCCUCGAACGCCUCCGACGGGCGCGGCGAAAGGCCGUCCUCGGCUGCACGGAGAUAUUCCCGGUGACCGGCCUUGGAAUCGAGAGCCCGAGACGGUGUCCGGGAGCCGCAGGACCCCCGCGGGCUGGCAGUGGGCGUGGGCUCUGGGUGUCACAGCAAGGGCCACAGGAUGUCACCCGGGAAGAGAUGGGCUAAAGGAGGGGUCCCAGUAGCCACGGAGGACCAACAUCCCGAAGACACCACGGGGCCGCAGGAUGCGUCCAAGGAGAAGAGUCCCUGCAGCCCUGGAGGCAACCUCUGCCGCCUAGGGGCCCCACAGUGCACCCACUGCCUCAUCACCUUCGCCGAUUCCAAGUUCCAGGAGCGUCACAUGAAGCGGGAGCACCCGGCGGACUUCGUGGCCAAGAAGCUGCAGGGGGCCCUCUUCAUCUGCUUCAUCUGCGCCCGCUCCUUCCCCUCCUCCAAGGCCCUGAUCGCCCACCAGCGUAGCCAUGCUCCAGCUGCCAGGCCCUGCCUGCCCGGUGUGCCCACUGCUGCCCAGCCCACCUUCCCCUGUCCUGACUGUGGCAAGGUCUUUGGGCAGGCUGCUUCCCUGAGGCAACACCGCCAGGUACAUGAGGCCCACACCCCUCCUGGUCCCUUUGCCUGUACUGAGUGUGGUCAAGACUUUGCCCAGGAAGCUGGGCUGCAUGAACAUUACAUCCAGCAUGCUCGGGGGGAGCUCUGAGUGCACCCCCAAGCCCUCUCCACACACACACACACACACACACAGACUUUCUGGGGGUCUGGGGAGGGAUUCUUUCCAUCCCCAGGUUGGCAAUGGCUCUUGACAAGGUUCUCAUCCAGCACUUUGUUCUUUGGUGGAUACAGGGCCGUUAGGGAAGCAAAGAAAUCAGAUCUUUUGAAGAAAAUGAGAAGGAAAAAUGACUUCUUUCUCCCUCAUUUCCAGCUAAAUAACUAGCUGCAGAUUAUAUAAUCACCUUUAAUUUUUCCCAGAUGGAUGCCAUUGACUGUAGGAGCAAAUUGCCCUGGAUCUGUGCCUGCGUGGGUAGGAGGAGUGGAGGCAGGGAGCUGAGGCCCUGUUGCUCUGUAGUGCCAAGCUCCAUCUUAGACCUGGAGCAACUCCAAGUUGUCGGGGAUGGAGCAUCAGGGACCUGAGCUGGACCCAGAGUCAGGAAGGGGUUUAGGUUCAUCUCUCCCCUAUUCCUGCUAGCAUUCCCCCCUCCAAAAGAGGGAUCAAUGCCACUGGAUAGCACUAGUCCCCCAGAUAAUUUAUUUUCUAUUUAAGCAAUUCUGUGUAGCAUUCUAGUUGUACUAGAAUACGUCUUAUAUGCAAAGAAGAGGUGGCAUGAAUAAGCUAACAGUAGCUAAAAACAAAGCAUCUCUAUUAAAGUGUCUAAAUUGGGAGCUCUAGCUUUUGAGUGGGAAUUGCUAGAGCACAUAAGGAUGGAGGGGAGGGGGGGACGCGCUCAGGCCACACUGGCCUAGUCCUUUAGGAAAACUAAUUUGGAAUCAAACAGAAAUACCUUCUGUUUCGUGAUUUACUUGGCCAGCUCUGGGAGAAUUCCCGUUGAGGCCCUAUUUUAAGUUUUCUUGAGUGGCCCAAUGUGAGGGCUUUACAUGGUCAGCAGGAGCAGGGCAGCAGCUACAAGCUGGAGUUGAGCAGUGGCAGCUGCCUUCAGAUGAGAUGAAUCUCACCCAGGCCCAUUUUGUUUUCUGAUAUUACCUAUUCUGUCCUUGGAGACUAUGACUGGAGCCCCACAUACAGUCUUCAAGGACUCCGGAUUGAGGGAUUAAAGUCUGAAAGUGAGGUGUGUGGUAGAGACUGAUAGCUGUCUCUGAAAUUUUAGAGGACUACAUGUCCCAGAUUCCCUUGCAGCUAGGUAUAGUCACAUGAUGGAAAAUUCCUGGGUAGAAUGCUCAAGUAUCCUGGGACAGGGACAGGCUUUUUCCUCAUCCUUCCUAACUGGAAUGUGAACAUGGUACCCACCCAUCUUGAACCACAAGAACAAAAGCAACCUGAGAGAUGGCAGAGCAAAAAGGUAGUGGGAGCCUGGGUCUCUGGCCUGCUUCACAGAGCACUUGGAAGCUACUAUAUGAGAGAGCAAACUCUAUCUCAAGCCACCAUUAUUUUGGGUCUACGUGAUGUGCAGCAGAACUUGUAGCUUAAGGCAGGGGUCUAUACUACAGCCAAUCCUGCCAGCUGCUUAGUUUUGCAAAUAAACUUU